AUGAGAUUCCAAACUUUAGCCGCUUUAUCAUUAGCUUCAAUUGCCUUAGCUGAUAAAACUGAAAUUAUUAAUGGUGUUUAUAAUGAUAUCAAUUCACAUUUAGAAGAAUAUUUAAAAAUCAUUGAUCAAGUUCCAUCAGAUUUAUUACAAUUAUUUAAACAAGCUCAAACUUAUACUGAUGAUUCUUAUACCACUUUAUAUGAUAAUGUUGAUUUAAAUGAAGUUUCAACUUUUGCUACUGGUUUAGAUUGGUAUGAUCAAAGAUUAAAAUCUAUUUUCGGUGAUGAUGCUUCUCCAUCAACUGAAGCUCCAGAAGUUUCCACAACUUCAGAUGCUCCAGUCUCUUCAUCUGCUGCUCCAGUUGAAUCAUCAACUGUUGAACCAGCUUCAUCAUCUCAAGCUCCAGUUGAAUCAUCAACUCAAGAACAAAUCACUUCAUCAGUUGCUCCAGUUGAACCAAAUUCAAACUCAACAAACAAUGCUACCACUCCAGCUAAUACAUUUGAUGAAGAAAAUUCAGGUUUAAGAAAUUCAUUAGGUGUUUUCGCUCCUGUUGUUGUUGCUUUAGGUGCUGUUGCCUUAUUAUAA